GGCUGGGGCUGGGGUUGGACCCGCUCCCGGAGGAGGGAGGGCCAGCCAGCCAGCCAGCCAGCCCCGGCCCAUUGGUACUUAGCCGGGCGCCUGCCCCCGCCGCGGCUCAGUCCCUUGGCUGGAGCGCACUCCCUGGCGCACGAUGCAGCCGCUGCAAGCCUCCCGCCUGCUCCUCUUGGGGGCGCUGUUGGCGCUUUUGCCCGCUCCGGCUCGGGGUGUGGCGGACCGCCGCCCGCGGGUGGUCUGGAGGCACCUGCGACCGAGCGCGUCGGCGGACGCCUCCAGCCUGGCGGUCCGGAGAGCCGCCCAGACGGCCGUCAACUACUUCAACUUCCACCAGGGGUCACCCAACGCGCUGCGGGCGCCGGGGCGUGUUAAGAAAGUUUCCAUCAAGACUAUUCCAGGAGUUGGGCGCAAGUACCACCUACGGUUUACUACGAAGUCUCUCCUAAAUGGGACAAACCUCAGCUCCUGCCUUGCUUCUGUGUUCUACCUGAGCUCUAAGCCAAAGCCGAAAGUUGACAUUAAGUGCUCACCCAACCAAGACAGACGUGAAUACCUGUUACAAGACUUUAUCUUGUAUUUCUCGCUUAAAGGAGAUAAACAGCCCUCUGUGGAGCGCCUGUGGGGUUUGGGUGUUCACGGCAGCAGCUUAAUUGCAUGGGAGAUGGCAACUGAGGACGUGGCUUACACUUUGACUCGAAUUGAGAACGUGCAGCCAUGGAAAAGAGAAGACAGUUCACUUGAGUUCAAUUACAAUCUUCAGCUUAGUGACGUGUCGGCAGAGACUUCCAUUUAUUGUCAUAUGCGUAUUGUUUGGAAACCAGGCCAGCCUGCGCUAGUAAAAUACAACUGCUCUUCUGAGGAUAGUUCUUCAGAUUACACUGAUGGCUCUGGAGAAGAACCUGGAUCUGCUGAGAAUUUCCUGAUCAGCAACUACUAAUUAAUUGCACUAACAUUUUGACUCUGCAUCAUGAUUCUUCUUCUGCGUAAAUCACUGCUGUGUGUUUGAUGUUUGUAUGCCAGCCACUUCUGACCCACAGCAAAUACUUUUUAAAGAAAAAAAUAUCUUAUCUUCCUAAAAACACUUUCUCCAGAUUAAAUAUAUCCGGGGGGAGGGGGGGGGGAAUUACUGGACUUGCCAUCAACUUUCAGGCAUUAGGGAGUUACUCUGUAUGAGGCAAAGUUAAUAUAUGUGAACCAUACUGUGGAAGUUUUUCAAACUGCUAUUUUAAGACAAGUAUUGGGGAUUUUUAAACAAAAUUAUGAAAAUGUUUGAUGCUAACUUGUAACAUCUCCAAUAAAAGGAAUAAAGUUA